UCAUUGGACUGUUAGCGCGAGUCAGAGGGAAGGUAAACAAGAUGGCGACGACCUGAGUGGCAAGAGUAAGGAGAGUCACAACAUUUCACAUCUGUCGUUACUCUGACUCAGUCCAAACUUUCGCUAUAGAGACUGAUAUCAGAAGUGCACAGGAGAAUCUGCAAAAUAAACUAUGGAGAUUUUAGGUACCAUUAAGUAAAAGCUAUGGUGAAAUGGAGGAUACCUGAAGACCGUUAGGACACAUUGGAACAGCCUGGUCUACCUCUUGGAGCCAAGUUAACACAGAUUGGAUCGUUAGUGCUGCAUGCUUUUGGCUGUGUAUCUGUUUGGAUCCAGUCCAGCUGUGCACAUUUGUGUAUCCUGAGGUAAACUACGCUAUGCAGCACAAACCUUUGGGAGCAAUGCUGUGCUGCAUGGCCUACAAGCAGGUCUGGCUUCCUCUGCCCAAAGCGGUAUAGUAACUGAUUCAUACAUCGAUCACCUCAAGCUCAUAAGUAAAACAGAGUCAUACUUUUGUUUUGUGUUACUGCACUUGUAAUGGACAUGCAAAUUGUACAGAUCAAAGCACUAAUUUGUCACUGGACCCAACAGCUUCUUUAUUUUUCCCCAUGUUGAUCCUCUUGACUCAAAAGGCCCUUAUGUUUGCAAUUUGGAAAUGAUUCCUUUCUCCUCCCUUUAAUAUAAGGCCCAGUUAUUCCCACUCCCAUGCUCAGUGUUUUGUAUUAAACAGUAUUCCAUUUUGUGGAAUUGAAAUUUAGAGUUGGGAGGUUUAAAGUGGCUUACCUUCUCCACAAAAUAGUUUUCCACAGAAUUCUUAACCUGUGGCUGCCAAAGUAUCAGUCAUGAGUGCUGGGGAGCUGCACCAUCUUGACUAUCUAAAUGAAAAUGAACUGAUGGAGAUGGAUACUUUUAUUCACCGCAUUGACUCUACAGAGGUGAUUUACCAGCCUCGGAGGAAGAGAGCAAAGCUCAUAGGGAAGUACCUGAUGGGAGAUCUGCUCGGGGAGGGAUCUUAUGGGAAAGUGAAGGAGAUGCUGGACUCAGAGACACUUUGCCGCAGGGCUGUUAAGAUACUGAAAAAGAAGAAGCUGAGGAGGAUUCCAAAUGGAGAAGCCAAUGUGAAAAAGGAAAUUCAGCUGCUAAGAAGACUGCAACAUAAGAAUGUGAUUCAGUUGGUGGAUGUACUCUACAAUGAAGAGAAGCAGAAAAUGUAUAUGGUGAUGGAGUAUUGCGUAUGUGGGAUGCAAGAAAUGCUGGACAGUGUCCCAGAGAAAAGGUUUCCAGUAUUUCAAGCUCACGGGUACUUUUGCCAACUUUUAGAUGGUCUUGAGUAUUUGCACAGUCAAGGAAUAGUUCACAAAGACAUUAAACCGGGGAACUUGCUGCUGACCACAGAUGGAGCACUUAAGAUCUCUGACCUGGGAGUAGCAGAGGCCCUUCACCCAUUUGCAGAAGAUGACACAUGUCGUACGAGUCAGGGUUCUCCUGCCUUCCAGCCUCCCGAGAUUGCCAAUGGACUGGACACCUUUUCAGGGUUCAAAGUAGACAUUUGGUCUGCUGGUGUAACACUAUACAACAUUACAACGAGUUUAUAUCCAUUUGAGGGGGACAACAUCUAUAAGCUAUUUGAAAACAUUGGUAAAGGAGACUACGCUAUUCCUGAGGAAUGUGGACCUCUUCUCUCAGACCUGCUGCGAGGGAUGCUUGAGUAUGAUCCUGUGAAGAGGUUUUCUAUACAGAACAUAAGGCAACAUAACUGGGUCCGUAAGAAACAUCCUCCAUCUGAGUCCCCUGUACCAAUACCUGCUAGUGCAGAGAGCAGGGACCCUUGGCGGAGUAUGACUGUGGUACCCUACCUGGAGGAUCUACACGGCUACACCGAAGAAGAUGAGGAUACUUAUGAUGGCGAGGAUGAGAUUAUAUACACUCAGGACUUCACAGUGCCAGGGCAAGUGACUGAUCAAGAUCAUGGGAUGAAAGACCAUAGUCCAGUCAAGCCAGUUUGUUUGAACGGUACAGACGGAGGGUCUCUGAACAGCAAGGCCAAGGCCGAACGGCGAUCUUCUUCCUCAUCCAACCCCUCACGCAAAGGAGUUUCUACAGCCAGCAAGAUCCGCAAGCUCUCCACUUGCAAACAGCAAUGACCUUCUUCUCCCUACUUGGUUGACGUUCUGUUUCAGGACUCUUCAAAGAGAAGCCCACUGAUGUUAACGCGUUCGCACAUCCUUCGACCACUGGCCUCCAAAGUCUGUUACAGACGCGUGAUGCAGAGGAGGAGCAGCAUGAAAUCUUUUUUUGCUCUGAUGGCAGCACUGGCUUUGAAGAUGUUUAUUUUUUGCUUCCCAUAUUUUGGCUCCUUCUCCUUUCUUCCAGUCCUGCUCUGGCCAUCCUCCCUUCUCCAUUCUGUCACCCUACGGGGGGGGGGGGGGGGGGGGGGGGGGGGAGGUUGAUGGCCUCUGUCUUUACAGAACCUUUAUUGCAGUUUUUGAGACACAUUGUGAUGUGUUUAGAAAAAUUAAAACAAAGCAAUGAAUAAUUCUGUAAUAAUGAGAAUAAUUAUGGUAGUACACUUCUACACCUGCAUGCUGUACAGAGGUGGAUGAAAGGAAAAGUGCCUGGAUUGUGGACAGACUGAUAGACUAAAUCCUUGUGAUCUACAGCAGACCUGUUAUGGGUUGUUUUGAUUUCCAUUUUAUUCCCCACCCCACCCCGGUGAAUAUUUUUUAAUUAUUAUUUAUAUAAAAUGUCCCAAACAGA